AUGGUCCAGGAUCUCUGUGAAGACUAUAUUGAUGACCGCCAGAGGCCUCAGUCAAAGACUGGGCCUCACACAGCCGCUCCUUCUCUAUUGCCUUCCCCAUUUUCGGUUGGCGUCACACAGCCCACGACCUCUGUGGAUUUCACGUCGUCUUUUCCGGCCCCACCACAACCAUUUUUAGAGGAUCUCAGACCUUCCAACUCUAGUGUUUACAUGGAUAUGGCGUCGGAACGCCAAUCAACGAUCACCUCGCAUCGCGAUUUGGAGCGCGAGCUCAUGCAAUCGAUACGCUCCCUCGACCUCAUGCCCAGAAGCCACGCUGUUAGCAACGAGAUUCCGUCCAUUUUUGAAACUGCGCAUGGCUCACCUGUGGACCCAUUGCCACAGGAGAAACAAUUCUUCAUUUUGUCGUCGGCAGGCAAACCCAUAUAUUCCAUGCAUGGCCAGGAUGAACUCGUUAUGGGACUGAUGGGUAUUAUAUACACGGUCACAAACUACUUCAAAGUUAGCGACAACAAGGUAAAAUCAAUGGUAAAUUCAUGUGGGGGCCGCGUCCAGCAGAAAUUUGUGUUUCUUGAUAAAAGUCCUAUAAUAUUAAUGGCUAUGUCGGCGCGAGAAGAGUCUGUGAACGAUCUUUUGCAACAGCUAGACUUCCUAUACUCUUACCUUAUCAGCACAGUGAGUCGACGCCAGCUCACUCGCCUGUUUUCCAACCGCGACAAUUUUGACCUGCGUCAUUUCCUCACAGCGACAGACUUCCACAAUCUGAACCACAUCUGCGACUCCAUUGCUUAUGGCUUCAACCCUGAUUUUUUACUAGGCGCCUUGAGAUGUUUAACACUCCGAAAAUCUACGCGGCAAACUUUACACAAUAUAAUGUUAAGCCAUGUUCAGCAUCCGGAAGUUGCCGCUGACAGAGGAACCAUUCUUUAUGGAAUCAUUGUGGCACCAGGUGGACAGCUUUGUUCCGUUUUGAGACCCCGGGGUCACACUUUACACACCACUGAUCUCCAUCUUUUAUUUUCCCUGAUUUUCAAUCAAUAUCAAGGGCUUCAGGAUGACCAAGAAUUAUGGCUACCUAUAUGCUUUCCCAAAUUCAACUCUAGCGGAUUUUUGCACUGCUAUAUUAGGCUUCUGCCGCAUCAAAUUACGCAAGGCAAAACAGGUGAGCAGCACAGUAACUUACCUCAAAAUAACACAGAUGCCUCUAACAAGGCUGCAUUAGUCUUGAUCAGCGCACAACGAGAGAGCUUUUUUGCUAUGAAAAAGAUUGGGCAAGGUAUCGUAACUGAGUUACUAAACAAGAAUCUUUUAGAAACAAUCACUGCAGCCUCUAGGUUCGGAUUUACAAUGGCCGACAUUCCUGCCAAGUUCGUGCAUCAUUUCAUUUACAAAUCGAAAAAGCACGUUCAGUAUGUGAUGCCUCGUUUGGAUAUGCUCAACUUUUAUAAGUCUGACUUUGACCUUGAUUCAGAUGAUGAUAAUGGGAGCGUUUUUUCGAUUAGCGAUCGCAAUGGUCUGGCAUCGAGUGGGCCAGAUAGCCUCGAUCCGCACCUGGACCUCGAGAAGAGUAAGCACAAGGCCUACCUUUACAAGCUCAUGCGUUAUUAUACUCAUAUUCGAAAUAAUGCUGUUGACGAGGAAGGAGUCCCUUUUAAUAGGUCCACUCUCACCUUUGUGCAGUGGUCAAAUGAUCAGGCGCAACCUAGCGAGUUUCCUCAAGGAGAGGCAGUUGACAUGUUGUCUCUUGUUUGGUUGACCCCCACAUUCGAGCUUUUCUUGAUUUGUAAUAAUGGUGUUAGCGACAGGAAUGCAGUUUUGAAAAGUGCCAAGAACAUAGUUGAUUGGUGCCGUCGAAAUGAGGAUAGAUUGUUCGUCAAAAAUGGUGCAAUUUUUUGA